UCUUUAUCUCACUGAUAUGUGGUAAUUUGGAGGCCAUGGGCUAUAUGUAAACUCUGAUGCUGAGUGUUGUAUUGAACAAGCAUGAAUUACCGUAAGUAAUUUUGUUUUUAAAUCUGUGCAGAGGGUCAUGGACUGCAGUUUAAAACAAACCAAUGUCAGUCUUGCUAAGUGUGCUACAUACACCUAUUGAGUAACAGGUAACAAUUUGUCUUCUAGUGCACCAACCAAGAACUGUGUUCAAAGUGCUGCUUUUGAUGCACUUUUUAACUAAGUCUCAGUUAAUGCUUUUGAAUGUAGCCUAGGUGAUGAAUGCUUAGUAUAGGAUGCCUUAGUUUGCUGGUAGAUUCUUACCAGGUGCUGAUACCCAAGCAAGAAAUCUUGCGUGUCAUUUUCUAACCAGAAAUGAAAAGGGGGGUGAGAUACCUUUUAUUGGACCAACUUCUGGAGGUGAGAGAAACUUUUGAGGUUAGAGGGUAUGUUGACACAGCACUGAAGAACCUGUGGCUAGACUGUUUGGGACUGUUUGUUGCUGUGUAGAUAUGCAGGUGCUAAGACCUUUCUCCCUGAAGAGCAGUGCUAUGUAAGCUUAUUCGGUAACAGAAAGUUGCUCCACUAAAAGACAGCCUAGGCCAACUGUGGUUACACCCCCCUCCCUAACCAGCAUGCACAUUUAUAAAUUGCACUCUUUAAAAGCCCAGCCUUAUAGCUUUGGACAAUUGAAACUACCUAGUUUAAACCCGUAAAAAUGAAAAGAGGGUAGCACCUUAAAGAAUUGAUGCUGCAAGUUACUGCACCUGAAACAAAGCUACACUAAACUGCUCCGGUAGCGUGCUCUGCAUAGGUGAGACUGCUGGGGGUGCGCUUUGAGCUUUGUUCCUGCCGUGGGACCUUGCUGCUUUGCUUAUUGUAACAGGCUUUUGUUUCCAGCUAACUGCCCAAUAAAAAGACAGCUUAUAACUACAACUAAAGAUCACUGCAAACAACGUGUUUUUGUCUUAAUCUUUGGCGCCAGCGGGAGCGCUUCUCCGCGGCUGGGCUUGGGGUGAGGAAGGCGGGCUCAUGGGUCUCCACGCGGGAAGAUGCGCGGGGCGCGCGCUCGGGAGCUGUGCGGCCGCGGGAGAGAGGCCAAAGGCCCCUGGAGCCGGCGCUGGGGGGCGGUUCCCUUGCUAGGAGCAGCCGCGCCCACUGGGGUCAUCAGGGCGCGGGGGCGGGCGCGGGCCGCUACGAUUCGAAGUGAAGUUCGGCCUCCCCCCCCCCCCGGCGCAUGCGCCUCCAGACUGGCAGGGAUAAGUACCGCCCCGGACGUGAUGGCGCUGCAGUGAGGGGCGGGCGGGAGGUUUAAACGUGGCGGCGGCGGCGGCUUCUACGCGAGGAUGGCACGGGGGCCUAAGCACCGCGUCCGGCUGGGAGCCCCCACACCCUUGGUCAGCAUCCCUCAGGUUUCCAGCCUUGGGCCUGCUGGGGCCUCUGUCCAGAGACUGUUGCUCUUGUCCGACGCAGAGGAUGACAGACGAGGCAACACCUGGUUGGGGACGAGGAACCCCCCCCACGGGACUGCACAAAUUAUAAAGACCAAAAAGAAAGUGACUGCAGAAUCCUGGCACAUGAAGGAUGACAGCUCUCUUCUGCCCUUUUCUUCCAGUAGUGAUGAAGAAUUUGAAAUAUUUUUAUCUAGAAUGAAGACUCCAAAAUCCCUAGCACAUCAAGUCUCGAAGAAACAAAAUAGCAGGGAAGACUUCUCCGAUUUUACAAGAAAGAAUGAGACAAGCAAGAAGGCAGUGAAGAAUGUUCAGACCCAGAAGAAGCCAGUGACUUCUCGAAAGGAAAACACUUACGCUCAGGAACGGCUGUAUCCAGAGAUUUUAAGUGACAGUAAACAUGAUGAUUCUGUUUUCAUAAAAAGUACAUGGUCUGACCACUGCCAAGAAAUUGAAGCGAGGGGCUUGAAGGACAACCUGCAACAGAUACAGCAAACUCCUUCACAAAAACAGAAAGAGUUUGAUAUUUCUAAAUAUAGUCCAAAUUCAUCUCUUGAUGGGAAAGAAAGAGAUUGGGAAGAGCGUGCACGGAACAACACGCGAACCAUGGCAUUACGACAUAAUGCAGCAUUAGGGCCAGACAGCUCAGAGGAUGAAUUUGAAUCUUUAAUAGAGCGGAUAAAGAAGCGAACCAUACCACUGACUCCAAGUUUAACUUCAAACAAAGCCACUCUAUCCCAAUCAGCCACUACAGAACUGGGAAACUUCAAGCCUCCCUGUGACAGUGCACAAUACUCUGUUAAGAAAGAGAGAAUCAUGACACCAAAGUCAGAAUCCUCUUCAUCUAAAGAAAUGCCUUCUCUUAAGGUUCCUAAGAGCAAAUCAGUCUAUUGUAUACGUUCAUCAGAUACAGAGGAAAGGUGGAAUGUGUGUGGAGUGCCAGGCUGUUUCUUACAAGAGCUGUCCAACCCAGCAUCCCAAUAUGUGAAAAAUUUCAGGAAAAAAAAGGAUGAGUUGACACAGAAGCUCUACAUUCUUUAUAACAACACCAUCUUUGAGCAAAAGUUGCCAGAGAAAAUGGAAAUCAUCUGGAACAAAAAGAUGCGGAAGACAGCAGGGUACUGUGUAACUGGACAAACAAAAAGUCCUGAGGCACAACGCUAUGCUCGGAUAGAGCUCUCAGAGAAAGUUUGUGACUCUGCAGACCGGCUUCGAGACACAUUGAUCCAUGAGAUUUGCCAUGCAGCCACUUGGGUAAUCAACGGAAUUCAUGAUGGCCAUGGGCAGUUUUGGAGAUUCUAUGCUAAGAAAUCAACUGUGGUUCAUCCAGAGCUGCCGGUGGUGACACAAUGCCACAGCUAUGAGAUUAAAUACAAGUUCACAUAUAAGUGUUCUCUGUGCAAAACCACGAUUGGGCGCCAUUCCAAGUCACUGGACACAGAACGCUUUGUGUGUGCACUUUGUAAGGGACAGUUAGUCCUAUGCCAACCCACACGAAAGGAUGGUACUCCUGCUAGAGCACAGCUAACACCAUUUGCAAAAUAUGUGAAAGAAAACUAUGGAUCUACUAAAAAAGAAGAGUAUGGGCUGAGCCAUGCAGAAGUCAUGCGUAAGCUCAGUGCUGAGUUUGCUUUAAAGACUAGGUUCCUAGAUUCCUGAAUGCCUCAUGGGAUGUGUACAUUGGCUCUGUGCUAUGUAAUCAUUGUUUGUACCAUUAGAGAAAAUAGCUAGGUUCUGGUUGGUUAACACUGAAGAUCUAUUAAGGGUUUCUAAGCGUCUGCCUCUGUUCUGUGUUCCCAGGAGCAGUGCUUGCAUAAUCCCCUGCUGCUGCACUCAGAAGCAGGUGAAACACUUUUUUUUCUGAUGAAUCCCAGUUAAAGGACAAGGUGAUGUACGUAACUUUAGGUCCAGGGCUGCCCAUCCAUCCUCAGGUCUCCCUAGUGAGGAUCAAGUGCAUCUGUUUGCUUAUGAUUAAAUCUUCAUUCUAUUUGCCCUCCAGCCACUGAGAUUUUAUAAAAGUUAAAAUUGAAAGCGGGGAGAACUAACUUGGAGCCUUUUUUAACCAGUGUUUGAGAGAGACUCUGGAGGCAGUUGGCUCAGGGUCUGUCUUAGAACUAAAUCAAAUGCAUCCAUCACAGACUUGUGAUUGAAACACUUCUAUAACAUAUCUUCUCUUCUCAGAUGAUUAAAUCAGAUUUGUAAUAUUAAUACUUGAAUUUAAAAGGUAGAUUUUUGUCUCUUACUGGUUAUAACUAAUAAAGAUUGCCUUGAAACCUGGUGUGCCCCCUGAGAGUGCAGGCCGAGGUGAGCAAUCCAAAUUUUAGGUCAUUUUGAAGAGGCAGCCACAACCACCCCUUAAAAGGAAAAACCCAGCUUUUCUUAAGGUUGACAGAUUCUACCAACUUUAUGCAGAGUUAGGGAUCUAAUGAACUUAUUUACUCAACAUAUACCUUAGCUAGUGUAUGGCACCUUCUAACCCUCUAAUUUGAGGGAGUAAUUAAAAUGGUUUGCACUGAAGCUUAGCUCAAGAUAGGGUUGGCCCUAUUUCCUCCCCGCCCCCCCAAAUUGAAUAACAGAGAAUGUGGAAAUGGCAGAGGUGCUUAAUGACUUCU